GAAUCGGCUCGGCUGAUCACAAAACGCACGGCAAGCUCUCUAAACAAGAACUCCCUUCAAGUCAACGAGCAACAGCGUAGCACAGGAGUGAAAAGAAGAUCCGUGGUUAGCGGAGCAAGCGAGCAGUCAACAUGGGAGUCCUCGCCACAUCAGUAUUCUUGGGAGUGCUCUCCGUCGCCUAUGGCGGUUUCCUGCACGGCGGCAGAGGCUCUGCUCUUUACGGCGAAGUCGGUGGGGUCGCCGUCCACCAUGCAGCGCCAGCCGUGGCUGCUGCACCGGCUGCCACCUUCGUCCAACAAGCCGCCCCAGCCACUACUGUCGUGCACCACGCUCCUGCGGUCGCCGCAGCUCCGGCUUUCGUCGCCCCAGUAGCGACGCACGCUAGGCCCGCAGGCCUGGGCUUCGGCUUUGCCCAGCGCUUUCUCGCCUCGGCCCCGACCUACACGGCAGCCGCUCCCGCUGUCAGCUUCGUUCAGCAAUCUGCUCCGGCCAUCACCGUCAGCCGUCCGGCCGUAAGCUACGUCCAACAAGCUGCGCCGGCCAUCACUGUGAGCCGUCCAGCUGUAAGCUUCGUCCAACAAGCUGCCCCGGCCAUCACUGUGAGCCGUCCAGCUGUAAGCUUCGUCCAGCAAGCUGCCCCGGCAGUAGCUGUUAGCCGUCCUGCAAUCAGCUUUGCCGCUCCAGCCGUCGCCGCCGCUCCAGCAGUAGCUGUUAGCCGUCCUGCAAUCAGCUUUGCCACUCCAGCCGUCGCCGCCGCUCCAGCUGUAACUGUUAGCCGUCCCGCAAUCAGCUUUGCCGCUCCAGCCGUCGCCGCCGCUCCAGCGGUAACUGUUAGCCGUCCUGCAAUCAGCAUUGCCGCUCCAGCAGUAGCUGUUAGCCGUCCUGCAAUCAGCUUUGCCGCUCCAGCCGUAGCCGCCGCUCCAGCAGUAGCUGUUAGCCGUCCUGCAAUCAGCUUUGCCGCUCCAGCCAUCGCCGCCGCUCCAGCUGUAACUGUUAGCCGUCCCGCAAUCAGCUUUGCCGCUCCAGCCGUCGCCGCCGCUCCAGCGGUAACUGUUAGCCGUCCUGCAAUCAGCUUUGCUGCUCCAGCCGUCGCCGCCGCUCCAGCUACAGUCGCCGUCCACCACGCUCCCGCUAUUUCCUACCGUACCGCUGCAGUCACCGCUCCAGUCGCCACCUUUGGUGCCGGACUCGGCUUCGGUCACACCUUUGCCGCAGCUGCGCCAGCUAUCGCAGUCAGCCGUCCUGCUGUGAGCUUUGCCGCCCCGGCCGUCGCCGCCGCUCCAGCAGCCGUUGCCGUCCACCAUGCUCCGGCCGUCGCUGCUGCUCCAGCUGCUGUCGCCAUCCACCAUGCUCCAGCUGUCGCCUACCGUACCGCUGCCGUCACGGCACCAGUUGCUACCUUUGGAGCCGGCCUCGGAUUUGGUCAUACACUCGCCGCUGCUGCGCCAGCCGUUGCUGCCGCACCGGCUGCCAUCACCGUGCAGCAUGCUCCAGCCGUCGCCUACCGCAGUGCCGCCGUGACCGCUCCAGUUGCCACCUUUGGCGCCGGCCUCGGUUUCGGCCACACGAUCGCCGCAGCUCCCGCAUUCGCAGCUGCCCCUGCAGCCACUGUUGUUCAUCACGCCGCCCCUGCCGUUGCAGUGAGCCGCCCCGCCAUCAGCUUUGCCGCUCCAGCCGUCGCUGCCGCUCCGGCAGCCAUAGCUGUGCACCAGGCACCAGCAGUUGCCUACCGCGCGGCUGCCGUUUCUGCUCCCGUCGCCACGUUCGGCGCAGGUCUUGGCUUCGGGCACAGUUUUACUGGUCUUGGUAUCGCUGGUCCAGCCUACUCGCGCCAGAUCUCCAUCUCUACUCCAGCGGUUGCCGCAGCCCCAGCCGCAGUAGCAGUCCAUCACGCUGCUCCGGCAGUCACUGUCCACCACGCUGCUCCAGCCGCCGUGGCCGUUCAAGCCGCUCCAGCUGCCGUCGCCUACCGCACCGCCGCCGUGGCCGCACCUGUCGCCACCUAUGGCGCUGGACUCGGCUUAGGCCACACUCUCACCGCAGCCCCUGCUGGCUUUCAAUUCAACACCAUUGUCGGAGGUUCUGGCCUCGGCUAUGGUGCCGGUGCACCCCACAUCAAGAUCAUCACCCCCGUGAAGAAACAUCGUCCAAGCCAAAAAGCUGGCCGCCAAACACACAGAAAGAACUCAUCUCUUCCUCGGCUUAAGUAUAUUAGAAACUCAUCGCCGGCCACUUCUGUACGGAUUUCCGCUCCUUCGCUUCGGAGGACGUUCAAAAAAACCAAGUUCGGGAUCAAGCUUGAACAAGAAAAGAUGCAAUUUCUCGCAGUACCAGUUCUUCUAGGCCUUCUGAGCAGCACCUUUGCCGCCUACAACCACGGCGCCGGUGUCUCACUUCAUGGUGCUCCAGCGGUAGCAUCCGUGCGGCCAGCCACUUACACAGUCACUACGGCUGCUCCGGCUGUCACUAGACUGGGAUACGGCGCCGGACUGGGAUCGGGAGUCGGCCUCGGCUACGGCGUCAGCCAGAGGGUCGUCAGCGGCGUUCCCGCCAUCGCUACGUAUGUCCAGCAGGCUCCGACCGUGUCUUACCGGGGAUACGGUCUCGGAUACGGCAGCGGUCUCGGAUACGGCAGUGGUCUCGGCUACGGCGGGCUGCGCUAUGGAAGUGCCGGCAUCACCACGAUAUCCGCUCCAGCUGUCUCUCAAGUGCGCCGCUUGUCCUACUCGGCCCCCCUGGUUUCCACCGCACCGGCGGCCGUCAGCUAUUCCGCUCCCGCCUCCGUGACGACCAUCCACAGCGCCGCUCCCACCGUAGCCAUUAGGCCUUCUGUCAGCUACGCUACGGCGCCUGCGGUGACCACUUACCGCACGGCUGCAGUUGCUGCACCCGUUGCCACUUUCGGGGCUGGUCUGGGCUUCGGACACACGGUGACCGCGGCACCUGCGGGCUAUUCGACUCUCAGCCGGUACAGCUACGCAGCUCCAGCCGUUGCUGCCGUCAGGCCUGCCGUGAGCUUCGCUACGGGUCCCGCUUUGACUGCCACGCGUCCAGCAUCGGUUAGUUACACGGCUCCUGUCGUAACGGCCGUGAGACCGGCCGUCAGCUACGCGACAGCGCCUGCAGUUGCCGCCGUUAGACCCGCCGUGAGCUAUUCCUCGGGGCCUGCUCUGAGCUACACCACGGGUCCUGCUGUCAGUUACUCCACCGGGCCUGCCGUUACCACAUCCUACCGCUCCAACGCGAUCCAAGCGCCCGUCACCACUUUCGGUGCCGGCCUGCGGCUUGGCACUACAUUCGGUCAGUCGUUGUUGUCCUCCGGCUACACUGGCGGGAGGUCAGCGGUGAGCUACUCCACUCCUGGUGGCUCGGUGACAACCGUUCAUCACGCUGCACCCGCUGUCGCAGCCGUGAGACCAGCCGCCGUCAGCUACUCGGUCUCUCCAGCCGUCACAACUGUAAGGCCCGCUGUCAGCGUUGCUGCCGCCCCUGCUGUCACCGCCGUCCGACCAGCGGUCAGUUACACCACCACGCAAGCCGUCAGGCCUGCCGUCUCCGUCAGCUACUCCACAGCCCCAGCCGUCGCGGCAGUUAGGCCGGCCGUCAGCUAUACCACAGCACCAGCCGUCGCCGCUGUCCGGCCAGCCACCCUGAGCUACGCCACGGCGCCCGCCUAUACCACAUCUUACCGCACAGCAACCCUUCAGGCACCUCUUACCACAUAUGGCGCCGGGCUCGGCCCCACGGUAAGCGCUCCUGCCGUCUCGUACACCACUGGUACACCAGGCAUUGCCUACCGCACCGCCGCCUAUGCGGCUCCCGUGUCCAUGUAUGGAGCCGGUCUCGGCAUCGGCCACACCAUCGCAUCGCCCGCCCUGAGCCAGCAGUUCCGCACCGUAUCCUACACCGCGCCCGUAGCGGGGGGAUACACAACUACGGCGGCAGCUCCUGCAUCCGUUAGCUAUGGCGUUGGAGGACUUCGCACCGGAUACGCGUCCUACGCUGGCGCCCCGACCGUGGUCCAACAUUUGGCUGGACCAGCCACCUCCUAUGUAACCGGCGCGGGAUAUGGCACUGCGCAUGCCGGUCUCGUCGGUCAGGGCCUCCAGUACAGAACACUGGUUUCUGGAGGUGGCGUCGGAGGUGGUCUGGGCUACGGUACCUACAGCGUCUACGGAGCCGGAGCACCCCACCUCAAGGUCAUCAGCCCCGCUAAGAAGAAGUGAAGUGUUACGAUUGUUUCCCUUGAACCAUGGAAGACCUGGAGACGACUCGAAGCUGUCAACGGUUGUGAAAAACGAAGCUGAGCAGUAUUUAUUUCGACCUGCCACACGCAGGAAGACAGAUGUGUGUGCCUUCGUUGGAACUGCGGCUGCGCUUUGGUAAUGGGAGAUGCUCUGUGCGCCAGAUCGCCGAGCACGUGAUGAAUAAAGUGGUUGAAAAGGCUGCUGA